AUGCGGUCUCUUAUUUCGCUUUGUCUGCUGUUCCUGGCUGCCGCCGUGCACGCCGUCAGCGUCACCGGCGGCCGGCUCCUGGCCAUCCUGGAUGAUGUCGCAGAGAAGGAAGACUACUCCAAGUUCCUCGGGGAUCUUGAAAGCCGCGGAUACACCAUCAGUUACGAGUCGCCCAAGAGCGAGUCUCUGCAACUGUUCAAGCUCGGCGAGCGCGUUUAUGACCAUGUGUUGCUCUUCCCCUCUAAGAUCAAGGGCCUCGGUCCUAACCUGACGGCCAACGUCCUCCUCCAGUUCAUCAACGCCAACGGAAACAUCCUCCUGACUCUUUCUUCUACCGCGACCAUUCCGACUUCCCUCGUCAGCCUCCUUGCUGAGCUCGACAUCGCCCUCCCCGCCGACCGCACCGGUCUUGUUGUCGACCACUUCAACUACGAUGCCCUUAGCGCUCCCGAGAAGCACGACGUACUGGCCCUCCCCGCACCCAAGCAGCUCCGUGCCGGUUUGAAGACCUACUUCUCCCAGGAGGGUGAGGUUCUUGCUCUCCCCAACACCGUCGGACACAUUCUUGGUUCUGGCCAACUUCUUACGCCCAUCCUGCGUGCGCCCAAGACUGCGUACAGCUACAACCCCAAGGAGCAGUCUGAGGUUGUUGAUGCAUCUGAUCUUUUCGCUGCGGGCGAGCAGCUUUCGCUCGUCUCUGUUUUCCAGGCUCGCAACAGCGCUCGUUUCACCGUUGUUGGAUCUGCUGAGCUGUUUCGCAACAAGUGGUUCGAUGCCAAGAUCAAGCCUGCUGGUGCUGCGAAGGAGGUCAAGACCUGGAACCGUGAGUUCGCGAAGAGAGUCUCUGGCUGGACUUUCAAGGAGAUUGGUGUUCUGCGAACCAACGAGAUUGAGCACCACCUCAACGAGGCUGCUAACGACACCAACCCCGAGAUUUACCGUGUCAAGAACGAUGUGACCUACUCUAUCUCUCUCUCUGAGUACUCCUGGGACAAGUGGACCCCUUUCACCGUUCCCUCCGACGAUGAACUGCAGCUUGAGUUCAGCAUGCUCUCCCCCUUCCACCGCCUCAAGCUCUCUCCUAAGGCUAGCACCGCCGACGAGUCUACUUACACCGUCUCCUUCGUGCUCCCCGACCAGCAUGGCAUUUUCAACUUCAAGGUCAACUACAAGCGUCCUUUCCUUACCAACCUCGAGGAGAAGAACACCGUUUCUGUCCGCCACAUGGCUCACGACGAGUGGCCGCGUUCAUACGUCAUCUCUGGCGCCUGGCCGUGGUUGAGCGGUAUCUUCGCCACCGUCACCGGCUUCGUGCUGUUCUCUGCUCUGUGGAUGUACAGCGCGCCUACGGCUGCCGCGGGACAGGCCAAGAAGACGCAGUAA